AUGCUUGAACCUGCCACCGCAGGUGAAUUCAAGGACACCAUGGUGCAACAUCGGUCAAGGCAAGCUUCCAGAAAAUGCUUUGCCAAUGUUGCAGAUGCAAGUGUGUUUGAUCUUUUUUGCAACCCUUUUCAUCCACAGCUUUCUGCGUCAUCUACGAUUCCCCAGAUUCACUUCUAUGAGCGUUUAUUUGGUUACAUGCUUUUUCUGUUCCAAAUUGGCGUCAAGACAGAUAUGAGUGUAGUCCACAGGACUAAAAAGAGUGCCAUCAACAUUGGGUCUGCUAUAGUAACUGUUCCCUAUCUAUGUGGCAUGGCUGUUGUGUAUCAUUACUCAUCAAAAUACCUAGACAAAACGCAGACAGCAACACUUGGACUUGUGACUGGAUUGUAUAGUAUGACCACAUUCCCUAGCAUUUCCUCAGUUUUAAGUGAUUUGAAGAUUCUGAAUUCUGAGCUAGGACGAUUAGGCCUGGCCUCAGCACUAGUUACUGAGAUAUUCAACAUUUUCUUGUCAGCAACCUUCUCAAUCACUGAAGUUGUGUACAAAACUGGUACAAUGGCAGCUUUUCUUUGUUCUGGAGCUUUUGUUUUGUUUGUGUUCUUGGUUAUUUUUGUCAUAAGACCAGCCAUGUUUUGGAUUAUAAAACAAACACCAGAGGGUUCCCCUGUUAAUGAUCACUAUGUCUAUUUGGUACUUUCAUUGGCUCUCUUAGCUUCAUAUGCCUCAUAUCGGUUUGGGUUCCAUGCUUUCUUUGGACCUUUUUUCUUGGGUUUGGCUAUUCCAGAAGGACCUCCAUUAGGCACUGCUGUUAUUAAAAAGAUUGAUACUUUUGUUAAUGGGGUUUUAGUGCCUCUCUUUGUGACUACAUGUGUAAUGAGGGUAGAUCUCAAAGAUAUCAUGAAUUGGAGGAACAAAGUGGAUGGAAAAGUUGAUAACUUCAUGGUGCAAACCUGGAUUAUUAUUGUGGUAACUUCCGUUGGCAAAUUUGUUGCUUGCUUGUUACUUCCUUUAUACGACAGGAUGCCAUUGAAUGAUGCUGUAUCUCUCUCUUUGGUCAUGAAUUGCAAAGGAGUAGUUGAUAUAGCCGUAUUCACUUUACUCAGUGAUAUAACGUUCCUGCCUGGUAACGCCUACGCUUUGUUGAUGAUAAGCAUCAUACUGAAUGCCACUUUUGUGCCAAUGUUGGUGCGUUAUCUCUACGAUCCAAGGAAGAAAUAUGCAGGUUACACAAAGAGGAACAUAGCUGAUCUGAGAACAAAUUCAGAGCUUCGAGUUCUUACAUGCAUUCACAGACCAUACAACAUCCCACCAACAAUAAACCUUUUAGAAGCAGCAUACCCAACAAAAGAAGAACCACUUGCAGCCUAUGUGUUACACCUCAAAGAACUAAUUGGAAGAACAACCCCAGUUUUCAUCUGGCACCAAUUACAAAAGAAGAAGAACACUGAAUCAAAAUGCUCAGUGGCUGAUGAGAAUCUUCUUGAUGCUUUCGAGAAUUUCGAAAAAGAGUUCAAGGGUGCAUUAGUUGUUAACACCUUCACAGCUAUUUCACCACCAGAGAUGAUGUAUGAUGACAUUUGCACAAUGGCACUUGACAAGUUUGCAUCCUUAAUAGUCCUUCCAUUUCACAGAAAAUGGUCAUCAGAUGGUAACUCUGUUGAGUUAGAAGAUGAAAAUUUAAGAGAAUUGAACUAUAGAGUUCUUGAAAGAGCUCCAUGUUCAGUUGGUAUCUUAAUAGAGAGAGCACAAAUAACACAUGUUUUCUCACCUGAAACACCACACACUGUUUGUUUGCUUUUCAUAGGAGGCAAAGAUGACAUAGAGGCACUCUUCUUUGCAAAAAGAAUGACUAAGAAUCCACAUGUUAGGCUCACUGUGGUUAGGUUCUUAGCUUCAAAGGGUAGCAACACAAAUGUCAAAGACUGGCAGGACAUUCUUGAAACUGAAUUACUAGAUGAUAUUAAGAUGAAUAAAAAGGUUGGUGAUGCUUAUGUGGAAUAUAUAGAAAAGACUGUGAAAGAUGGACCCGAAACAGCUUUGGUGAUUCGUUCUUUGGUUACUGAGUUUGAUUUAAUCAUUGUUGGAAGACUAGCAGGGAUUGAAACUCCUCAAACUUCAGGGUUGUUGCAAUGGAGUGAGUAUCCCGAACUUGGGGUGUUAGGUGACUUGCUAGCUUCCACUGAUGCUGCCGGCAAAGCCUCUGUGUUUGUCAUGCGACAACAAAUAACAGCCAUGGAUAUUAAAAAAUGA